AUGACAUUUAUUCAAAAGAGAAAGCCUACUUCUUAUUCCAAUGCAUCUGACCCAUCUGCGGUUUCUUUUACUAUACUACCUAGUCCUUUUCAAACAGUGCUAAUUGUUAGUGCCGAGCAACUUCAGCAAGCCUCUCAAAGAGUCGCCGAAAUCGACAAUGAAGUGCGAAAUGCCGAAACGCUGCCUGAUGAGCAUUAUUUCUUAAAUCUUGAUGAGUUACAAAAACAUAAAGAAUUACUUCAAGAACUCGAAAAAUAUGAACCAGCUAUGGAAAAGCUGGAUAAAUCAGGAGGUUACGCAGCAUUCAACAUUCAAUUCUAUUCAAAGAAGCAAGAAUCAACAACACAUUAUCACUUAGAACAGAACAUGGAAGAUGACACGUCGAACAACGUUCCAACUCUUCCUCGAUUAAGAUCAGGAUCUAGCGCGCUUGCGAAAUUUCUUUCAUUAGUCGAAGAUGACUCGUAUGAUGAACUUACAAACCGAGUAGGUGAUUUGGCCGUUCCAGCAAAAAACAUUUAA